CGACCUUGACUGGGGUUAAGAGUUGUUUUGGCGUGUCUGAGAUUAGUGUCUGUGCGGCGAUAAGUUUCUGGAGGGCUUGUUCUGAUUCGUGCGACAAGUGUAUUAGCUAAUACCUGACGAUAAUUGAAUUACAGGUGAAUCCGAGGUGCGUCAUACGCGGGAACGUGCUUAAAGGGGAUGAAUGGGCAAUGAUUCAUUGCGCGGGAAGUCGAACCGGUCACACACCUGAGCGGAAGGUUUAUCAGUACGCUCGAGUAACUAAUUUGGGUUGUGAGUGGGUUAUUUCUGUACUGCCUGCGAACAGUAGCAAGUGCUGAGUGUAGUGUGUGCUUUACGAGUAAAUAAUUUCCCGGCCGUUGUGGAGUUUACGUUUAAUAUUCCAUUAACAUAUUAAUGUCAUUUUGUUACACGUCUGAAGCGCGAAAAAUCUACAAAUAUAUUUCUGUGUACGUCAAAGUACCUUUUUGUUGCUAUCAAAACGCACACGAAGAUCGGGUUAAUCGACGGAAGCCUGAGGGUCAACCGCAGAAGAGACUAUAUUGAAAUGACCAAAAGAAAUUAAACAAAAAGACUCUGCUAUGCAAGGCCAAAAACAAAUUUUCACAUUCGUAGUUAUACUGGUUGUCAUUUGUUCGUUUACAUUCUUCAGAAAUGCGAUAAGAAAGGACAAACAAUUCAGACGAAUACGUGAGGAAGCUUUAAGAAAAAAACUGGAAACAACGCUGGACUACAACGACGAUAAUUCAGAUGCCGUCGAUGAACCAAAUCAUGAAACCCACAAUAAUGACAAUUAUUUAUACAAACUAUUAGAAUAUGAGAACAUAUGCUAUGAUUUGCAUGCUAUUAUUUUCAAGCCCGAAAAAGAAAUUGAAGCUAAACAAGCGAGAAAAGACGAUGAACAACGACAUGAAAAUACCAGCCAGUUUACGGAUUCUAAACAUAAGAAAGGCGUAGUAACCGGUCCACUCGUUUAUCUCUUUAUUAUUAUUUUAAUUUAUUCCUUUAUAAAAGCGGCCACGGAUAUGUCAAAACAAUUGAGUAAGAAAACCGAUGAUGAUGAAAAUGGCAUUCGAAGGUAUUCCCUGCAAGAGUACGCAAACACUAAAAAACACCGGCGAUCGUCAAGAGGUCCGGUUUUGAGGCGGGCCACAACGCUUACAACAGAGCAUCGCCCAAGCUCUAACCAACAAUCAUUUGAAGAGCGACGAAAGAGCUAUAUGAUAUCGGACUUUGGAAAUGGAAGUGGCUUGAUUACAGAGCCUGGUACACCUCCAAAGACAUUUAACGGAAUAGCAACUCGCCCUCCCCCUCUGAUGAGAAGAUGCUCAGUCCCAGCGUUUGCUCAUCAACAAAUAGCGCACGGCAGUGUUCUUAGACGUCCUUCAAUUGAUUCGUUCAGCGAAGAUGACUCUAGUCCAGAUGUUAAACGCCGGGUGCGAAUGAUUCAUCGACAUUAAUUUCUAGGUUGAUCCUACCACAGCAAACAAUGCUACUAUUUUAUCAUGACAAAUACCACAUGGUGUUUUUGAACACUAUUGGGUCAUACCAGCACUACUGCAAUCAGUAUUUUAUAUCAGGUUUAGAUUUUUGUAAAAAUAACCAAAAACAAAAAAGACUUGACCAAUCACUUUGAAUCACUGUUUUUUAUAUGUGGAACCUAAAUAUUCUUUAGGGAAAUAUUGAAAUGAUCUCAAAUCAACUGUUAUUUUUUGUAACAAGAGACCAAAUAUGACGGAAACUAAUACAAUCUCUAUAACUUUUCCCUGUUAAGUUACGACAAAGGAAGUUACAUUUCGAACUAUUUAUAUAUUGGAAAACGCUGCUAUUUACAUUUUUAUCAAUUUGUAUGUACAAAUAAGGGAACUGCUAGUUUUUAGAUUAUACUUGAAUGUUGUUCGUACAGAUUUUAGCCGUUUUAGGUGUUGAAAACAAAGUUGAUAACUAUGCCAAUCACAUUUGUAUUCUGCUUUUAAUCUCAAUGUGAUGUUAUGAAUAUGAAAUAAAAAAUAUAUUGUGAUGUCUUAUGCAAA